AGUAACUAGAUGAUUUAACCUGUGAGUAGCUGAGCUACUUUUAAUAGGAAUUGAAAUUUGACAGAAGUGCAGAGAUGGGAUUGCUAAUACUUUAAAUAAAACUCUUAAUGCUGGAAACAUUAAAAUGUAGUGCUGAUGCAUUAUUUUGGCAGGUUUGGGUAUUUUGUGGGAAUUUUUGCCAAGAAAGGUUGGACUAGAUGAUCUUUAAGGUACUUUUCCAGCAUGGCAUUCUAUGGUUCUGUCAUGUUUACUUCUUUAAAAAUGGAGGAUCACUUAUUUCUGAUUAAGAUUUCAUCUGCUUCGUGUGUCCACUUUUUAAAAAGAAAAUAGUUUUUCUGCUUUUUCAAGCCUUAGAAUUAAGUAAUGAAACAGAACUGAGCUAAGUAAUCCUUUUUCCCCAUCCUUUCCCUUCGGCAGUAGAGAUCCCCUAGCUACAAAGCUACAGUCCAACAGAGGUAAAGAGUGAAACCAUUAAUUGUUUUUUCUCUGUAAGUUUGCAUUUAGCAAAAGGUGACUUGCAAGUGUGUUAGAGCUGACUCUUAAGAUGGGAGAGGCUAACAUGCUGUAUAUCUCAUUUAUAAUCCCUUCAGUAAUCCUAAUCCAGGUUCAGGCCUGUAGCCUUUCUUAAGGAUCACAUGAGAGAGGAUUGUUUAAGGCAGUAAGUAAGUCGAGGGGCCCACACCUCUUCUGGGCUGCACAUGUACGAAGACAUGGCCUGUCCUGCUGCGUGCCCAAGGGAGCACCGCACUUGAUUGCAUCCUGAGGAGGAGUUUCUGCAUCUGUAAUCAAACCAAUCACUUCAAAGAUCAUUCUUUUCUUUGAGGACAGAAUAGAACAAAAAUCUACCAAGCGGAGAGCUUCUAUUGUGUUUAUCUCAACAAAUCCCUAACUUAGGAAUUGGCAAGGUAAGUUGCAUUUUUUGUUUUAUUUUUGUGACAGGGUGUUAUGUUCAGCACCCAUAGUUUGAGGUGAAAUAUCCUUUUUAUAUACUGAGCUGUAUAAAACUGCAUUUGGGGAUUUUGUAUCUGAAACUGACUUUUUUGGAAGUGCAGUAACUGCGGGUGUGUGUCUAAAAAUAAAACAAGCUUUGCCAUCUCCUUUCCAACUACAAGAUGUGCUGAGUCCAAUGUACACAUGGGCCAUACAUAAGUAUUUACUCUUGGGGGCAAGGCAGGAUUAUCACUUUCCCUAGUGCUACCUGAGAUUUGCUUUCUUGAGAGAAGUAUUUGGUUAAUUUAUCAAUUAAUCUGUAGCUCUUAAACUGUUGCUGUUUUCUUUCAGUGAAACUUUCCCUCCGAUGUCUUUCAGGUUUUUUCCUGUUAAAAUCUCAGUAAGUCUGUCUUCUUGUUGCCUUCCAUGCUCUGCUCAUCUGUUCCCUCAGCUGCUGGACUGUCUAUAAAAUGGGCAGGUUAGUGGGGCUCCUGUUGUGUAUGAUCCAUGCAAUGUCACUUUUCCUAGGAGCCAUGUUUUGGAGUAGGAUUCCUGUUAGCUGUGGUGUUCCUGGCCUGUGGGUCAGGCACCCAGUUCUGCACAGAUCUGCAAUGUGCACAGGCUCAGAGUAUGUGGGAUUUAGUUAAUGCUGUCACUAGCUUUUGUUUUGAACAAGUUAAAAUUAUAUUGGUGCUAAGGCAGGAAGCUGACCUAGGUUUUUGUUGUUCCUGUUUUGGGGUGCUUGACCCAAAUGGAUUUACAUGAGUUUUCCUGAGUUUUGUGGUAUUAGAUACUGUUAUUAAGCAAGUCAGCAGCUUGUGUUUGAAGACUUCCAAGAAGUGGUAUCCAAUGGCUUGUGAAGUUUUGAAGUCUGGCUGUUAUGUGUUUUUCUCCUUCCUGUGGAAUAUUACCUCUGGUGAACAGGGAACAUCUUCCCUACAUGUCUGUGGCUACUUCUCUACUGAGACUCUGAAUGGUGGCCAAGAGCAUGGAGAGGAAGGAGCAGUCGGUACCUGGUCAUUCCCUCGAUGCAUCAUGUUGUCUCACCUGGCUGUUUAGGACAGCCUGUAUUUGAGCUGAUGCUGCUGUUCAACUUGAGCAAGUCUUCCAGGUUGUCCCUUUCUUUAGGAAGGGAAGGGUGCACCUCACUGUUGGGUGGAUGAGGAAGAAUCAGAGGUGCUGAGCAGUUGGACUGGUGGAUUUUUUUUUCUCACUCCUCCCACCCCUGGAACGGGUUUGAUUCCACUGGGUUCUGGUUUACUGCUGUGUCCUCUUGGGGCUGUGGCCCUCACAAAGAUCUGAGGGUAAUGAACUUGAAAGACUUCACAGCUCCAGGAGCUGCUUGGGAGGGACCUGUUGAUAAGCCUGUUCAUAUGAUAAACAGGUUGGUGCUGUUGCUUAUGCUGGUACUCCACAGAUGCUCCUAGAGCACACUAAUACUAAGCCAUUUCCUGGGAUGGGUGGCCAAAAUUUGUUUCAGGUAGGGCUGCCUGAAUAAUAGUCUUGGUUUUGCAGGUUAGGAAGGAAAUGAGGGAAAACUUUAUUCUGUGUUGCCAAAGGUAAUCUUAGUUCCAAAGUCCCAUUUGAACAAAACAGGCAGUACCCCUGAACGCAUCCUUAAAGCAAAGUACCAAACCUUGUACUUAAGUGUUUGCUUCAAAUCUGUUCUCCAUUUUUCAAAAGUCAUCUGGAAGUGUCCUAGUUCCUGAAAAAGGAUUUUUUUGCUCAUGUUUGCAUUUUUAAGGGUAUCUUUAAAGGUACUCAUCUCGUUGAAGAGCUGAAGCCACCUCCUCCCCUUGAAGCUGGCACGGGAGGUUACAAAUAAGAGCCCCUUAAGUGUUAGGGAUCCUGAUUUUGUGUGCAAUUGUCCCUUGGAGCAGUUAACCUGAAAAGUUGUCAGAGCACCUGCAUUAUUUAAGCAUAAAGGCUGUAAAGCACCAGAUCAAGUUGGAUAUAAUUCAGUGGUGAUUUCAGGCCACUUCUGACACUGAUAUGAAAUGAUGUUAGAAUAAAAUGAGAGCAUUGCUUUGUACCUUCCUGUUGCAUCAUUUAAUUACUGUGAAGAUGCCAUGGUACAGUUGGGCAUCCUGGGCAAGGGAGAGGAUUGCAGCAUUUGCUCUGCCUUGGAACUUUGCCGUGCUGCAGUGUGGCUGAGCAGGGCUCACCUUCCGGAGCCAACACGGCACGUGCUCACCUUACGCAACGCCGGACGUGCUCCUGCAAUCAGUAUUUUUGGAUCGGAGCUAUUCUGGGAGGAGAGAUGUGGGAUGGGUGAAAGGAGAUGGAAGGAGGCACAAGGAUUGCAGGAGGUGAGAAAAGGGGAGAAGCACCUCUGGAGUUGCUUUGUCCAGACUCCUCAAAACCCUCUGAGCUGUGGUCUCCUGCAAGCACCAGGCUUAACAUUUUCACAGGUGUUUAUUUCCUUUCCUCCAUUUCUCAGCUUUCUCCCCCCACAAAUUCUGGGUUAGAUUAAAAAUCUAAUCAUUUUGCAAUACAGCCUGGGGCUGCUUUGGCAGUAGUGUGUGACUGGAUUUUUUACCAGGGGGAAAGGUAUCCGUGAAUGGCAUUCUAGUUGUCCUCAAAGUGAGAUAGUUCAGAAUUUGACCUGAUCUGGAUAUAGGAUCUGUUUGCUCUGACCAGAGCUUCCUUCCAGUUAGCAGAGUCUGGCUGUCCUGCCCUUUUAUGCUGGCAAGAGAUGGCAUCAUGUGCUCCUACACUGUAGUAUAUGCAUGAGGUGAAGGAAAGCAGUGUUUAACAGAGCUGAUUAUUUUCUUAUGAUAGGUAAUUGUUGUUUUAGACUUUACUACCCUCCAGCUGUGGUACUGCACAGAUAACAAGAUUAAAUACCAUGUGUGUUCAUCCCUCAUAAUGAGUUUUCCUUCACAGGUGACUACAUGGAUGAAUAUUUGUCUGUACAUACUGACUGGUAAUCAAUCAGCUUCAUGGCUUUUAUAGUUCCUGACCAGUACUCAAAAACUUUUUACACAUCUACCAUACAAUCACAGUAUCUAGGUAUGAAAGUAGGAAAGGUGCUGAACUGGUUCCUAUUUAUAUAGCUGACUUGAAAUUGGAAAGAGUGAGACAAAAAUCCUCAUUUUGGAUCAUCUGAAAGACACCCAAGUAGCUGGUAAAAACCUGAUAGUGGUAAUUGAGCACGAGAGGCCAUCUGAUCAUUGAUCUUAACUGUUAAUAUAUUUAAUUGUAGAUUCUCAGCACUGUGGGACAUGUUGCAGCUGUUUUGAUUCUGACUGAAUGGUGUUUGCUGCAUCUCUCUGGUGGUUUUGGUGACACUGGGCCAGUCUGCAACACUGGAGCAUUGGUUGGAGAACAUGGGAUCUGGUAGUUCUGUAAAUGUCGAUUACAAGUACUCCCUGCAGAAGUCUGAAAAUGGAUCCUGUGACAAGGAUUCUCAGCAGAAGACGAACAGGCUUGAGAAAACAGCAGCUAUUUAGGCCAGGAUUAGAUUAAAAUCGACCCAAACCUGACCAGAUAUGAAGCAGCAGUUAAAAUUGACACCUAAUGGCCUAAUGACUUGCUGUGCUAAAGUGUGUGUUGUCAGGUGCUGGCAGUGAGACAGACGUGCCAACCUGCUCAUUCUCCUGGGCUGUUUUCCAAGGCUGGUAGUGGUGCAGGACUGGUAAAGCAGAAGCAUUAACAAAGCCAGAAUAAACCUGGCUCUAAAGAAGGUGAGAUGGUGUGGCUACAAAAAGCUGAAAAGCAAAGUGUGCCUUUUUUUCUAAUUAUAUCAGCACAAUGCUCUUAAUCUCUGCUAAUGAUCUUAACCUGUGUAUGGCUCUCAAAGCUGUAAUGAUCAAUUUGUAUGAAACCCUCUGUGUGACAGCACCAAUUUUGUGUGUGUGCCUAGAUCUGCUGUGGAACAAAGGGAGUUUGAAGGGGACUUUAUGCAUAGGGAAGGAUUAAAAAUAAACUUUUACUUCUUUAUUGUUUGUAUCAGGCAUUGGCAGAACAUCAGGAUGGGGCCAACUGUUUGCAAGUGCUUUGAAAAGAAAAGGGGGAUUGUGUUAAGAAACUAAGAAAGUAGGGAUACACUGACUUUGUAAUUUUGGUUUGUUGAAAAACUCCACCUUUUAAGUUACUUGUCUAUCACCCAUAGCACCAGAGAACCAUGGACUUUGCUAAGUUCAGGGUUAUUUUCAGAUAACAUAGUGUAACACAAAACCAGUUAUUUAUUUGAAACCCUGCAUUACAUCUGAUACCUCAGCAACAGUUUCCCAUGGCAGUAAAACCUCUCUGAAUUUCUUACCUUUGGUUCUCAAUCCUUCAGAUCUGGUGAUCUGCAGAUGAGGAGCUGCUCAGGACUUUACACCCACAGACAAUGUGCCAGGUGUUGUCUAAUUUUACCUGUACCAGGUCCAGGGGCUGUUCAUUAUGGAAAGUGUAGCCAGCAGAGCUGUUCAACUGGCCCUGCCCUUGAGUGAAGAAGGGGAUGGGGAGUCCCUCCUGUAAGCUGAUGUGUGAGCUAUGCUGCUUACACAAGUGUUCAUAUUUUGGCUUGAGUGCUGCCACUCUGCAAUGCUUUCAGGAGCUUAUCAUGAUACAUGGCUUGGACCCUCAUAAAACAUGGAUGAAUCUUUCUCCCCCUUUUUGAUUAGUUUUAUCUAAACUGCUACAAACCCUGCCAGGUGAAACUCACCCAGGUAAGCUGGUAAAUUAGAAUAACUGGCCUUGCAGGUAUUGCAGAGUCAGUAAAAGGAGGAAAAAAAAAAGAGUGCCUUGCCCAUCUGAAGCUUAAAUGCUGUGGAUGGUGGUAUAUGUGCACUUGAUAAUGUGUCUUCCCGAAGUUCUGUUUUUACUGUUUCAAAGGAUCUGGUUUUGAUUGGCAUGUGUGGAGUCACCACUAGGAAUUUCUGUCCAAGCCCAGCAGACCAGUAAGCAUUUGCUCAACAUGAGGGAAGGCUCAGGCACAGAAUACAGAAGUUAUACAUGAAUAACUGGCCAAGUCUUACCUUCUUGCCCACGACUUCACUGUGACUCAGUUCCCUGCUGCAGGGCAGCUGUAACACUUUUCUUCUUGUGCUCUGCAAUUCCCAGUGCUGAAACAGAACCAUAUUUAAAAGGAUUAUUAUUUUCAAUAUGUAAGCCAUCAGGAUAUCUUCUCUAGGGAAAGGUCACUGUUUCCUGCUGGAGUACAUGAGGAGUGGUUUAUGUUAUGUAAUUAAUACAAGCUAAUUGAAUUAAUAUGAUCUCUUUUGUCUCUUGUAAGCCUGGAGCAGCCUUUUGAAUAGGGGUGGGGGAUUUCCUUAAUCAAGUUCUUUUUUUUCCCCCUGCACUCUGCAUUGCUCUCUGUGCUUUGGUGAAUGUGACAGGACCCUCUCACAAACCAUAAUGCCAAGGGAAUAAACCACCUGCAGCAGGGCUAGCUGCCUAACUCACUUGUUUCCACUAGAUUUCAGGGCCAGCCUGUGGAUAGAGUAACCAUCCCUCCCACCCUCAUUUCAAGAUGAUGGAGAAGCGUUGUUAGAAAAUGUUUUAAGCAUAGGGCUCAAGGGUAGGGAUCCAGGAAGAGACAGAGUGUAAUGAGAAGAGAAAUGCCAAGUAGCAGAGCUGGUGCAAGUGGGGUCAAAGCCAGCAAGGGAGGAUGGAAGAGUUUCUGGAGGUACAUAAAGUUCUGUGGCAGAACUUGAAAAAGGAAAUGGGAAACUGCACCGGUGUACUUGAGUCUAAAUAUGCACACAACUGAAAUAAUCGUUUAAUGAAACACUGGAAUUGGGAAAAUGCAGAGGAAUGAUUAUGUUGAAAAGAUCAGGGCAAACAGCUGUCUACUGAUACUGAAGAAUAUGUUUGGAUCUUUAAGCUGUUAAUGGUGGUGCUGAGAAGCCAGCAGUGGUGGCUAGGAGUGCCUCAGAGGUCUGGUCAGGCAGGAUCAGGUCAACCUCUUGCGAUGUGUUGAAAAGUGGAUGAUUUAUUACCCUUAAUAUUGGGGUGUCAGAGUACAAUUAGUGAGGACUUUUCCUGUAAAAGGGAGGUUGCUCUACAGUUUUCAGGGCUGGUGAAGGAGCAGUAGCAGGGUACCUCAGCUGGGUUCUGUUUGUCCCCCAGCUUUCAAGGCAGCUGUUCUGAUCCAGCAGUGGUAUCGGCGCUAUGUUGCUCGGCUGGAGAUGCGCCGCCGCUGCACCUGGAGAAUCUUCCAAUCCAUCGAGUAUGCCUGUGAGCAGGACCAGAUCAAGCUUCACAACUUCUUCAGUUACCUCAUGGAGCAGUUCACGCCAAGCAGCAGCAAAGAGAGGGAUUUUAUCAGUCGCAUGUUCAUAAGUGGAGAAAGCUACAAAGAGGCAGAGCUGGAAAAAUACUGUGACUAUGAAUCCAUAGAGGUGCCAGACUCUUACACUGGACCCCAUCUCUCUUUCCCACUCCUUCCUGACCAUGCAACUGCCUUGCUGGAAGCUUUUAAACAGAAACAACAGCUCCACGCUCGAUAUGUCUUAAACCUUCUGCAUGAGACCAGGAAGCACCUCAAGCAGCUGCCAAACAUCAGCCACGUCUCCACCUGCUACAGCGAGGAGGUCACUGUGUGUGGAGACUUGCACGGCCAGCUGGAUGACUUGUUCCUCAUAUUUUAUAAGAAUGGCCUUCCUUCCCCUUCCAAGUCCUACGUGUUCAACGGAGACUUUGUAGACAGAGGCAAACAGUCCCUUGAGGUCCUCAUCAUCCUCUUUACCUUCCUGCUGAUCUAUCCAAAGGAGGUUCACCUCAACCGUGGGAACCACGAGGACCACAUGGUCAACCUACGCUAUGGCUUCACCAAGGAAGUGAUGCAGAAAUACAAGGUGCAUGGGAAGAAAAUCUUAAGGAUGUUCCAAAAUGUCUUCUGCUGGCUGCCCCUGGCCACCCUGAUUGAUCAGAAAGUCCUUAUUCUACACGGGGGCAUCUCUGACACCACUGACCUGGACAUGCUUGAGAAAAUUCAAAGGGACAAGUUUAUUUCUGUAUUAAGAAUGAAGAAAAGGAAAGAGUCAAAUAGAAAAGUGGAAAUGCAGGACAUAAACGGGGAGAGCAAAUCAGAGGCUGAUGCAGCAGGGAAUGAGACAGCUCCCAGGCUAUCUCUGCAGCCCCAGCCAGCCCAGGCUCCCAGCAUGGCCAACAGGCUGGAGUUCUCCAGGUGGAUCCGGCAGACGGUGCAGGAGCAAAUCGACACGUGCCGCCGGCUGGUGGACAUCAGCGAGUCGGAGCCAGAGGAGCUCACCUACUCCAGCUCAGUUUCCCUGAAGUAUGGGGAUGAGCCGUGCCAGCCUCAUCAGGAGGAGUGGCAGCAGAUCUUAGACAUUCUCUGGAGUGACCCCAUGCCUCAGGAGGGCUGCAGAGCAAACAAGGUGCGAGGUGGCGGCUGCUACUUUGGGCCUGAUGUGACAGAGAAGAUCCUUGAGAAGUACAACUUGCAGUUCCUCAUCCGCUCCCAUGAGUGCAAGCAAGAGGGCUACGAGUUCUGUCACAGGCGGAAGGUGCUGACCAUAUUUUCAGCCUCAAACUACUAUGAGAUUGGCAGCAACAGGGGAGCUUAUGUGAAGCUGGGACCAGACCUCAUCCCUCACUUUGUUCAGUACCAAGCAAACAAGUCGGCCCAUAUGCUCACUAUGACCCAAAGAAUCAGCAGAGUAGAGGAGUCUGCCUUCCGAGCCCUGCGGGAGAAGCUCUUUGCUCACACCUCUGCCCUCAUCAGUGCAUUCAAGGCCUACGAUGAGGACAACACAGGAAGGAUCACACUGAGCAGCUGGGCGACAGCAGUGGAGUCAGUCCUGCGCCUGGGCCUGCCCUGGCGAAUGCUGAGGCCGCAGCUGGUGCGCAGCACGGAGGAUGGCAUGCUGGAGUACAAAUCCUGGCUGGAUGACCUGGCCAUGGAGCAGCGGAGCCAAGAGCACAUCCAGUCAAGCCUGUUGGAAGUCAUUUACCGGAACAGAUCCAACUUGGAGACAAUAUUCAGGAUUAUAGACAGGGACCAUUCAGGUCUUAUCUCGUUUGAAGAAUUCCAGCAGACCUGGAAGCUGUUCAGCUCCCACAUGAACAUUGAGCUCACGGACGAUGGCAUCAAUGACUUGGUUCGCAGCAUCGAUUUCAAUAAGGAUGGGAACAUUGACUUCAACGAGUUCCUGGAGGCUUUCCGCCUUGUCAGGCAGUGCCAGGCGUGAGAGCCCACAUGGGGCUGUCCUGUCCAAUGCCUUCAUGUCUGAGCAGCCGGGACUGUGUCCCACCCAACUGCAGAGUGCCUGCGGGGGAAAGGGAAGGCGGGUACCCCAAGCAGAGACCAGCAGCUCUGACCCAUCAGGGAGGCAACAGGCAAAAUACAUGCCCUGCAAUUCUGACCAUUUGUACAAGAAGCUAUAUUUGAAGUAGAAAUGACUGUGCAAAGGGAAGAUGCAACUUAGUUACAGUUCUAUCUUAGUUACAGGUCUAUCCAAAAGUAGUAAAAUGGAAGUAAAGGUAUUACUUGGUUUUAACAAGGUAGCGCCUAUUUGAUCAGGGGUUUUCUUUUAAUAAACAGUUUUUUCUAGA